GAACAAGUUCGACCAUGAGCAUUUUUGGAUUAGUCGAUAAAUUCAAUAACGCACUAGUGAAUAGCAAUCUAAGUGAAAUAAAUGUCAACGGCGUAAUAUCAACCGUGAAAUCAAACCUCAAGGAAGGCAUAGACCUGAGAUCUCAGCUCUUGACGAUAAAAUCACUCAACAAAGACUACAAUAGCGUUAUUAGCAGGGAGUUAUUGGUUGAUUUACUUGAUUUAUUUGAAUCUACGACUGAUAAUCAUCAACUUGAGCUUUUGCUUGACACUCUACUCAAUAUCUUCGAAAUAAAUACCAAGUCAACAAAGUCAUUGCUCUCUAACAAUAAGUUCAGUAAAUUACUUGAUGUCUUGGUAGAAAACUACUCCACUUACACCAAACUCUACGCAAUUCAAAUCAUCAAUUUACUUCUGUUGAAUUAUAAGACACUAACAAUAAAUGAACUCAUGGCAAAGAAUGGCUUGAGCAACUUGAUCCAGUUAUUAGACUACAGCAACUUUAUUAGAUCCGAAACCCUUAUCAUCUUGCUCUACAUUACAGAUUAUAACUCAGAAUUACAAAAAAUAGCAGCUUUCGAGGGUAUUUUUGACAAAUUAUUCAAAAUCAUACUCAGUGAAGGUUCAAUCGAUGGCACUAUUAUAGUACAAGAUUGUUUGCAUUGUAUCCAAAACUUAUUACGCUAUAACUCCUCAAACAUCACCUUCUUUAGAGAAAUGGGUUUUGUGAAGAACCUCACCCAUACACUUCUCUAUUCCCCAGACAACUUAGACAGCUUCAGCUUACAAUACUGGUCUGAACAGAAGGUAGUCAAUGCAGCUAUCGUCAUCGAUAUUGUUCGUAUCAUUGCUGGUUUAGGUAACAGACAGGGUAAUUUGUCUAUACUUCAGUCAGGUCUCACACAGUGCCUGAUUGAUCUAUCGCUUUCUUCAAACGCACCAGUCACUCUCAAAGCUCAAACACUCACAGCACUCACCGCCAUAUUCUCAACAUCCCCACAGAAUCAACAGUUCUUCACUCAAUCUCAAACCCAACCAAUUCUUAAUUCCGAUGCUUAUGCAGCAGGCUACUUAAGAUUACCACCACGUCUAGCAACCAUAUCCCUGAUUGAUAUCGCUCUCAACGGAGAAUCUGGUGAUGAAAAUAGAAUGGUUGAUGAUGUUGAUUCAUUGAAAGGUCAUAAUUUAAUGUUUCAAGUUGCGGCAUUGAGCGCAUUCGAGAGUCUUAUCACAUCUAACGACAGUCUCAAGUUAGAGAUUAUUGCAAGUAUGUCACACACAACAAAUGAAGUAAACUACGAUGGUUCAAUCACGCACACUGCAGGAUCACUUCUUUUAGAAGCACUUUCUAACUUGCCCACACCAGAAGUAUCAUUAGAUGGCGCGUUCGAUUCACAGAAAGUUUUCUUUGCCAGUUUAGUACUCUCCCACGUGUUGAGAUAUUCUGAAGAUGCUAGAGCAAUGGCAAGGAAUAUACCAUUUAACCCAUCUGAAGACACAGAUGAAGAUGAGACUGUUAGUCUUUUACAUGGUAUCUUUGGAAAUCUCAUAACUUGUUCCCGUGAACGGUCUGCCGCUGAUGCUAGAUUAAGAGAGAAGGAAUUUUCUUCAAUAAACAGAACUGAAGAGCCUGAAAAGCAAGGUAAUCAAGAGAAUGAAGAAGAGGAAGUCAAACAAAUUGACAUCGAUUGGACUAGGUUGACAGUUUCCUAUCUCAUAUUGUUAAGCGUAUGGGUGUGGGACUCACCAGCAACAGUUAGCGAUAUCCUUAAAGAAAGCUCCAAUUUGCAAGUACUUAUUCAACCAAUUAAGCAAAGUAGUGGCGUCGAUGCUCUUAUUCAAGGUUUAUGCGCAUUCACGUUCGGUGCUAUCUACAAAUUCAACACUGGUCCAUCUGAAGUAUCAAAGAAGGACUUACAUUCUAUAAUUGAAAAGCAGAUAGGCGUAGACAAUAUCAUCCAAUCACUCGCUAGAUUCAGGAGUGAUAAACGAUUCUGUAAAAUUGGUUCUCCAGAUGAUGCACUCGCCUACGCUGAAACCCCUCAAGAAGAUGGUUGGUGGUUUGACUGGAACUAUGUUGAGUUUUUCAAAGGUUCCUUCAUGGCGGUUCAAAGAAGCGUUAUCAGUGAAGAAAUUGAGGAGACUACAAAAGUUGCACCACCUCUACCACAAGCUAGUUCACCGUUACCAGAAAGUACUGAUAAUACUGACCAUGAGAAAGUCGUCCAAGAGAAAGAUUCUCAAAUUGAAACUCACAAACAGCGCAUUGAAGAGCUAAAGGUGAAGAAUGCCAACAUGGAAAUGGAAAUGGAAAGAGUUAAUAACGAAUUGGGAGAAGCUAAGAGUAAACUUCAAGCUUUAUGGGAGCAGGGCUCUCCAGAAGUGGCAGGAUUGAGAGGUGAUUUAGCAGAAGGUGUUAAGCGUGAAGAAACUUUGAGAGCAGAAUUAGACAAGUUGAACAAUGAAUUGGAAACGCUCAAACAGAAAGAGGGAGAGCACAAGUCAGCUUCAGGAGAACUCACAACCAAGAUUGAGAUACUUGAGAAUGAAGUAAAAUCAAACAAGGAGGAAGUCCUGAGGCUUAAAGAACAAAAUGAUGGUCUUAAAUCCACAAAUGAAAGAGAUACCAACGAGAUACAAUCGACAAAGAAUACCAAUGAGACACUACAGAAGGAGAACGAACAUUUGAAAACGCAGUUAGAAAAACACAUUGAAUCUGAAAAGGAACAUGAAGAUUUACUUAUCUUAUUAGAGGAUAUGUCUACUAAGCGAUCAAAUGAUAAGAAUAGAAUGAAGCAAGCAGGACUUGAAGUAAGUGAAGAUGAGGGCGAUGAAGAUGACGAUGAGUAAUGCACAUCUAAAUUACUGUAAUUUCCUACUUCGGUAUAAAACGAUUUUUAUACAUUUUAAUAUUUCC